AAUGUUUUGAUAGCAGAGCAGUCCGGGGUUAUUAAUCACGCCUCUCAUCUCGAACCGGAGUGAGAGGAAGACCGUCACCUGCCACCUGAGUAGAACCACCUCGCCGCCGUAUAGUGGACAUAAUUGGGGAAGACUAGUGUUGCAUUGUGGUUGAACAUGGCAUUGCUUGGUUCCCGUAGAUCCUUCAUGUCAUAUGGCAUCCGGUUGUGUCGGCGCUUUCCUUUUCUUCGGGUAAUAGUAGAGUUUUUGCUCCUCCUCCGAUUGUCACUUCUCGAAGAGUUGUUGUUACUGGUUUGGGCAUGGUGACUCCACUAGGUUCUGGGGUUAAAACAACAUGGAAUAACCUACUUGAGGGGAAAAGUGGGAUAAGGGCAUUAACUUUAGAAGAUCUCAAGAUGAAUGCUUUCAAUAGGGAAACCCAGUUGAAUACAUUCGAACAGUUGACAUCAAAAGUUGCUGCAGUUGUGCCAACUGGAACCAAACCAGGCGAAUUUAAUGAGGAAAUAUGGCUCAAUUCUAAGGAGCAUAGAUCAAUUGCGAGGUUUAUAGCCUAUGCACUCUGUGCUGCUGAUGAAGCUCUUGAAGAUUCCAAUUGGUUCCCCACUGAACAGGAACAAAGGGAAAGAACAGGGGCCUCUAUUGGUGGAGGAAUUGGAAGCAUCAGCGACAUCUUGGAUGCUGCACAAAUGAUUUGUGAGCAGCGCAUUCGUCGGCUUAGUCCAUUUUUCAUUCCACGGAUACUGAUCAACAUGGCAUCAGGUCAUGUGAGCAUGAAAUAUGGAUUCCAGGGACCAAAUCAUGCAUCAGUUACUGCAUGUGCCACCGGGGCACAUUCUAUUGGCGAUGCAUUGCGGAUGAUUCAAUUUGGGGAUGCAGAUGUUAUGGUUGCUGGAGGCACAGAAGCCAGCAUUGAUGCUUUAUCAAUAGCAGGAUUUUGCAGAUCUCGGGCAUUAACUACAAAAUAUAACUCAGUCCCACAAGAAGCUUCACGACCCUUUGAUAGUGGCCGAGAUGGUUUUGUGAUAGGUGAAGGUGCUGGUGUCUUGAUCUUGGAGGAAUUUGAGCAUGCAAAAAGCCGUGGAGCAAAAAUUUAUGCAGAGGUUCGUGGCUAUGGGAUGUCAGGAGAUGCAUAUCAUAUUACUCAACCACCUAAUGAUGGGAGCGGUGCCAUUUUGGCAAUGACACGUGCUUUGAAACAGUCAGGUCUUCAUUCCUCUGAAGUGGAUUACAUAAAUGCACAUGCCACAUCUACGCUUCUGGGUGAUGCAAUAGAAGCCAAUGCUAUUAAAACGAUAUUCUCUGGCCAUGCAACCUCAGGUGCUUUGGCCUUCUCAUCCACAAAGGGGGCUAUUGGUCACCUGCUAGGUGCUGCCGGAGCUGUUGAAGCAAUAUUUUCAGUUUUGGCUGUACACCAUGGAAUUGCGCCAUUAACUCUUAAUCUAACUAAGCCUGAUGCUGUAUUCGAUGAGAAUUUCAUGCCUUUGACCUCUUCAAAGGAGAUGCCACUGAGAGCAGCAAUGUCAAAUUCUUUUGGUUUUGGAGGAACAAAUGCAUCGCUACUGUUUGCAUCUGUUAAAGACAAUUGAUUGUUUGUAGCUUGUCAAUCCUUUGGCAUUGUUCCGCGGCAUCUAAUUCCCUCAUAAUUGAAGAUGCUGAUGACAGACAGAUUAAUGACUUCUUGGUUUAUCUUGAGUAGCACUCCCCGGACGUCUGUUCUGGUCUCAUUCAAAUCCUGAUCAUCUUUGUAAUAUCAAGGUGAUUUCUUUCCCUUCCUUUUUCCUUCUUUAAGUUCUGCAAUGAUAUCUAGAUUCUAGACCAUGAAAUCUACACGCCUUUCUAUUCAUCUUAGCUUAUUAGUUUGUAUAUGAAUUAAUUUGUUGCUAUAGAUCACAUGGUCUCUAAUAUUUACACUUUGCUUCUCAAUAAUUAGAAUUUGAUGUUUUAUUUGUAAAGUUAAUACUCCAAUUUUGUAAGCAUGCCUUAAUCCAUGCCAGUAAACUUUAACUGGAAUUUAA